AUGGUGGAUGUAGACACGAACUCUCCCACGUGGAAGUUCACUCAGUGUUUCGGCGACAAGGGCGAUGUUGAAGACAUCACAGAAGCUGAUAUCAUAUCGACGGUCGAGUUCGAUCACACGGGCAACUACCUGGCCACCGGAGACAAGGGCGGACGUGUCGUGCUAUUCGAGCGGAACGAGACGAAAAAAACAUGUGAAUACAAGUUCCAUACCGAGUUUCAGUCACACGAACCCGAGUUUGACUACCUCAAGUCGCUAGAGAUUGAGGAGAAGAUCAACAAGAUCAAGUGGUGCCGUCGCCAGAACGCCUCGCAUUACCUGCUAUCGACAAACGACAAGACAAUCAAGCUCUGGAAGGUCUUUGAGAAGUCGCUGAAGGUCGUCGCCGAGAACAACCUCACCCAUGACCCGACACCGGGGAACGCGCUCGGUGUAGGCGGAGGCGCCCCGCGGGCGAGCCCGUCGGCCGCCCACUUCAAGAACGCCAGCGACCUCAGACUGCCGCGUCUGACGCAUCACGACACCGUCGUGGCCGCCGUCCCGAGGCGCACCUACGCCAACGCCCACGCCUACCACAUCAACAGCAUCUCGGUCAACAGCGACGGCGAGACCUUUAUCAGCAGUGAUGACCUGCGGAUCAACCUGUGGAACCUCAACAUCCAGGACCAGAGCUUCAACAUUGUCGACAUCAAGCCCGCCAACAUGGAGGAGCUGACUGAGGUCAUCACCGCCGCCGAGUUCCACCCACAGAGCUGCAACUGGUUCAUGUACGCGAGCUCCAAGGGCACCAUCAAGCUCGCCGAUAUGCGGGAGAGCGCUCUGUGUGACCAACACGCCAAGCUAUUCGAACAAGAGGAAGACCCCUCGUCAAGGUCUUUCUUCUCGGAGAUCAUUUCCUCCAUCUCCGACGUCCGCUUUUCUCACGACGGUCGGUACAUUCUCUCGCGAGACUAUCUGACCGUCAAGAUCUGGGACGUGAACAUGGAGCGCCAGCCGGUCAAGACCAUCCCUAUUCAUGAGCACCUUCGGCCGAGACUCUGCGAUACAUACGAGAACGACAGCAUCUUCGACAAGUUCGAGGUCGUCUUCUCGGGCGAUGCCAAGAAUGUCAUGACGGGCAGCUACAACAACAACUUCAUGAUCUACCCCUCCGAUCCGGAUAAGGAGAUGGAGGUAGUCUUACAGGCAGACAAGUCGGCGUUCAAGGCAAAGAAGGUGGGUGUAGCUACGCCCAUCAACGCCUCAGGAAGCCCGGCGACGAAUGGCGGCAAGAAGGGGGGAUCCCGUGCUGGCAGCCCAGCAGCUGGGGCAGGCCAGGGGCAGCGUAUGCGCAAGGAGACCGAUGCCGACCAGAUUGAUUUCAACAAGAAGAUUCUGCACAUGAGUUGGCAUCCGUUUGAGGACAGCAUCGCCAUUGCCGCGACGAACAACCUUUUCGUCUUCUCGGCACUGUAA